GAUCCCAGCUCUCACUCCCUUCACUCUGAGUUAGCACUUUCUCUGUGCUCUUGUCCAGUGCCUGCUGUCCCUGCUGUGCUCUGCAGUUUGGCUCUGCCACCUCAUACCUUGGUUGUGCUACAGUGUACUGUGAUAUUCUCCGCUGAGCAUUCUGUUUUUCCUGGGCAGCAUUCCAGAUGGCGAACGAGUUAAGGCCCUGCCCAUGUGAUAUUGGAGACAGGUUUGAUUAUGGCGGCCGUGGGCAGGAAGUACAAAUUGAGCACAUCAAGGCAUAUGUCUCUAAACCCUCUACCAGCACAGACAAAGCCGUGAUCGUGAUUCAUGACAUAUUUGGAUGGGAACUCCCAAACACGAGAUACAUAGCUGAUAUGCUAACAACCAAUGGAUACAUAGCCAUCUGCCCUGAUUUUUUUGUGGGACAGGAACCAUGGAAACCUUCAAAUGAGUGGGCUACCUUCUACGAUUGGGUGAAAACACGAGAUGCCGGCAAAAUAGACAAAGAAGUUGAUGUUGUCAUGAAGUAUCUAAAAGAACAUUGUGGUGCAAAGACCAUCGGUGUGAUUGGGUUCUGCUGGGGUGGAGCAGCAGUACAACACCUGAUGCUGAAGAAUCCUCAUUUAAAGACAGGAGUGUCUCUUUAUGGAGUGAUCAAGUUCUUUGAUGACAAAAGCACUUUGCUUCACCCAACCUUCUUCAUUUUUGCUGAAAAAGAUGACAUCGUCCCCCUGGAGCAAGUUACCGCGCUGGAGCAGAAGCUUAAACAAAACACUAAAGUUGAUUAUGAAGUUAAAAUUUACCCUGGACAAACUCAUGGUUUUGUGCACCGCAAAAAAGAAAACAUCAAUCCUCAGGAUAAACCUUCCAUUGAGGAAGGAAGAAGAGAUAUGAUCAACUGGCUGAAUAAAUACAUGUAGAGGAAAUCAAGCACCCAUAAAACAAACCACUGGCUUAUGAAAUCAGAAAAUAACAAAGAUUAUGUUGAUUAAAAUGCUCUUACAAUCAUCAAAAUGUUUUGUAAAUACCUUUUACAAUAGCACUACUUACAUGCACUUAUUUUCUAAGAUGUAUAUAUUUUUACAAAUGCUGAAAGCUGUAUUGUAAAAACAUUUUUGAGUUCAACUUCACAUACCUUAAAAUUAUUAUAAAAGGAUGUAGAUUUCUAGAAUCUGAAAGAUUCCCUUUCUUAUAUUCAUAUCAUUGUAAUAAAAGAUCAUCGAAACUCAGUGUCCACUUGGAUAACGCUCUCGUAAAAGCUGUGUUUAAAGUUGUUGGGCUGUGAAAUGUGACAUCGUGGAGGGAAAGCUCCGGCAAAGACAAUCUAUUUAAGUUUAAAUAGCCACAGUAUUCAUAGACAGGUACUGCAUUUUUUAUGGACUAGAGGGAUAUGCAGAAUGAGCAAAGAAGGACUGAGCAAAAGUGUAGAUGGUAGAAAACGAAGAGACUGUGAAAGAAUGGAAAACAGAGAGAAAUAAGAACUAAAUUGGAACAGAAGACUGUCACCAGCCAUAGGCAGAACAUAGAAAAAACAAGAACAAACAAGUGAGUGAAGACUGAAUCCUUCUUCCCCCAUUUCCAGACAGUACUCUAGUGGGAGUAGGGACUGAGGGCAGGGAUUUAAUCUUGGCUGCCACCUUGUUGUUUCCUUUAGUAUCUUAUUAUCUGUGUCUAUCAACCAAAUUCAGGAUUAUCUACUUUAACAACUUUGGGGUAUUACAGCCAGCCUGAAUAUCUUUAAAAUUUACCUGGGUCUUCCUUUCUUCCACGGAAAUUCCUUGCAUAGGCAUAAUGGCCAGUGUUUUGGAGAACUGCUUCAGCACCUCAAGUGAUCUGCAAACCUACCACAUCUAAUUGUUCUGAUUUAUCUUCCUUCUUCUUACAUUUGCACUUCUUCAAUAAAAUUAAUUUCUUCCAGGA